AUGGGCGACGCCAACGUAACAGCAAGCAACUGGCGCAAUGUCGAGACCGGCCGCAUAGGCAUGUUCGCCAAAGGCCCUUACACCGGCCGCCUCGCCGCCAUCGUCCAGAUCAUCGACCACAAGCGCGUCCUAGUAGAAGGCCCCUCAGAAACCGCCUCGGCCAAAGUCCCCCGUCACGCCGCCCCCCUCUCCUCCAUCUCCCUCACCAGCAUCGUCAUCCCUCUUCCCCUCGCCAUCGGCCACACCGGCCUGAAGAAGGUCUGGGAGAAGGAGGACGUCGAGGGCAAAUUCAACAAUUCCGCCUAUGCGAAGAACAAGGCGCGGUUCGCGCGGAGGAAGCAGCUGUCGGAUUUCGAACGGUUCAAGGUCAUGGUGUUGAGGAAGCAGGCGAGGUUUGAGGUCAAGAAGAGUAUGACGGGGAAGGCGUAG